CAAGGUCACACAGCAGACAAGUGGCAGAUUCCUGGGGAGAAAGACAAGAACCCCCGUAUGGCCGGGGUCCCGGAGCCGGCCAGACGUGGAGGGCGAAGGGCGCAGAGACCUCGGGAGCAGGACCGGGAUGUCCGGCUUUCCAAGGCCCUCUCUUACGCCCUGCGCCACGGAGCUGUCAAACUGGGGUUGCCCAUGGGCACCGAUGGCUUUGUGCCCCUGGACUCCCUCCUGCAGCUGCCCCAGUUCCGAGACUUCACCCCCGAGGACGUGCACCGGGUGGUGGAGACCAACGAGAAGCGGCGGUUCGCUCUGAAGCCCGGCCCGCUGGGCUCCGGCCCGCUCAUCCGCGCCAACCAGGGCCACUCCCUGCAGGUGGCCGACUUGGAGCUGACCCCCUUGAGCGGGCCGCGGGACCUGCCCCCCGUGCUGGUCCACGGGACCUACCGGCGCCACUGGCCGUCCAUCCGGCAGCGGGGCCUGUCGCGCGGCAAGAGGACCCAUAUCCACCUGGCACCUGGGCUGCCCGGAGACCCCCACGUCCUCAGCGGCAUGAGGCAAGACUGCGAGGUGGCCGUGUUUGUUGACGGGCCCUCGGCGAUGGCAGAUGGAAUCCAGUUCUUCCUCUCAGCCAAUGGGGUGAUCCUGACCCCGGGGGAUGCCCACGGUUUCCUGCCCCCAAAGUACUUCAAGGAAGCAGUACAGCUGGGGUCCCACCGGCAAAAACUGCCUCUGCUGGAUGGGUCAGAGCCGCGCUGAGUGCGUCAGGAGCGGUGGAGUAGCCGACUCUCAAUCAUUUAUUUAUAAAAAAGAAACGAAUAAAAACGGAAGCCGCAAGGCUGCGUCCGGUCUUCUU